AAUAGACGGACGGACGGACGGAUCAACAAAUCGAGGGUUUUGGCGGACAGUAAAAGACAGAUCUUAUAUUCUCUCUCUGAGAGAGGAAGGGGCCGGCGGCCGGGGGGAUAAUGUCUUCGGCUUCGGCGUCGGCGGCUAGUUCGGAAGAAAUGGAGAAGGUGGUGCCGGGGAAAAAGAAGAAGCAGCGGUUGGGGUGGAUGGAAUGGGCGAGGGGAUGGCUGUAUUUGGGAUACGAGAUGCUGUUCCAGAGGAUUACGGCGAGUCACUUGCACAACCCCAUGCCUUUGCCUCCGAUCAACGACAUCACCUGCAUCAUCACUGGCUCCACCAGCGGCAUUGGCCGUGAAAUCGCCAGGCAAUUGGCAGAAUCGGGGGCUUAUGUUGUGAUGGCAGUCAGAAACACUAAGGCUGCUCAUGAGUUGAUCAGGAAGUGGCAGGAGGAAUGGUCAGGGAUGGGCCUUCCUCUUAAUAUUGAGGUGAUGGAACUCGAUCUUCUCUCCCUAGAUUCUGUUGUGAAAUUUGCUGAAGCAUGGAAUGCUCGUUCAGGACCGUUACAUGUCCUCAUCAAUAAUGCAGGGAUAUUCUCCAUUGGAGAACCACAAAAGUUCUCAAAGGACGGAUAUGAAGAACACAUGCAAGUGAAUCAUCUGGCUCCAGCAUUGCUUUCAGUAUUACUUUUGCCAUCCCUUAUCAGAGGUUCACCAAGCCGAAUUAUUAAUGUGAAUUCCAUUAUGCAUUAUGUUGGAUUCGUUGACACAGAAGAUAUGAAUGCCGUUUCCGGGAAAAGGAAGUAUACAAGUUUGUUAGGAUACUCAAGCAGCAAACUGGCGCAGGUCAAGUUUAGUAGCAUCCUCCAUAAACGGCUGCCUGCUGAAGCUGGCAUAAAUGUAGUAUGUGUAUCUCCUGGAAUUGUCCACACUAAUGUUGCAAGAGAUCUUCCCAAAAUCGUUCAAGCUGCUUAUCACCUAAUACCGUACUUUAUCUUUAGUGCUCAAGAAGGUUCUCGAAGUGCGCUUUUUGCAGCCACUGAUCCUCAGGUUCCCGAGUACUGCGAGAUGUUGAAAGCAGACGAGUGGCCUGUGUGUGCUUUCAUAUCUCAAGAUUGUCGUCCGACAAAUCCUUCAGAAGAAGCUCAUAAUGUAGAAACCUCUUAUCAAGUGUGGGAGAAGACAAUGGAGAUGAUUGGGCUUCCGUCGGAUGCAGUGGAGAGGCUUGUAGAAGGGGAAGAAGUUAAAUGCAGGUAUGGGGCCGAAGGUUAAGACGCCCUUUCUUCUCUUUGUAGGUGGAGUUUGUGAUAGCAAAAUCAUUUUUGGUGAAUACUAGUACUACUACUACUACUACUACUACUACUACUACUACUACACGCAGCCUGGGCUUGAGUUGAAACUUGGCUUUGUCCAACCAACCAACCAAUCAUUCUAAAUUUUACGGUUUGUGAGUUUUCUUUCUGUUUAAUUAUAAUUAUUAUAUUAGUAUCAUCAUUAUCGUUUCUGUGGAGAAUUUUUAGCAGCACGAAUGUAGCAGAACAUGCUGCUUAUAUUUAAGCUUUGUGUACGCCUCUGCACCGCCCUUUCUUUAAUCGGAGUUACUUGAUGCCUAA